AUGGAGGAGGAAGCUGUGAGGAAGAGGAAGAUGCCCUGGGACACGCAGGCAGGAGAGAGGCCCUAUGAGUGUCCUCAGUGCCAGAAGAGGUUUCGGAUCAGCUCAGAUCUCCUCCUGCACCAGCAGAUUCACACCAAUGAGAGGCCCUUCUGCUGCCCAGAUUGUGGGAAGGGCUUCAAGCGCUACUCCCACCUCGUCAGGCACCAGCUCAUCCACACCGGGGAGAGGCCCUAUGAGUGCCCCCAGUGUGGGAAGAGGUUUCAGACCAGCUCCAAUCUCUGCCCGCAUGUACGGAUUCACACAGAUGGGAGGCCCUUCUGCUGCCCCGACUGUGGGAAGAGCUUCAAGCAGAAAUUCACCCUCGUCAGGCACCAGCGCAUCCACACUGGAGAGAGGCCCUAUGAGUACCCCACAUGUGGGAAGCGCUUCACCCAGAGCUCUGACUUGACCAGCCAGGAGUCACCGCGCAAGCGAGGAGAGUGCCCCCCACACCUCGCUGUCACUCACAUGCUAAAAAGCUAG